UCCUUGCACGCACCACGACACAGCUGCCUACACACGAUCGAACAGCCAUGGCAGCUCCGGCGUCGCAGUACAAGGACCGCCAAUUCCUCGCGGUUAUAGGCGACGAGGAUACCGUAACGGGACUGCUCCUCGCAGGAGUCGGCCAUGUGACGCAGCCGCCGGACUCGCAGAAGAACUUCCUAGUCGUGGACCAGAAGACGGAGAACUCGGCCAUCGAGGCUGCCUUCGAUCGCUACACCUCCGAGCGCAAGGACAUCGCGAUCCUGCUCAUAAAUCAACAUAUCGCCGAGCGAAUAAGGCACCGAGUCGAGACAUACACUCAAGCAUUCCCCUCCCUCCUCGAGAUACCGUCGAAAGACCAUCCGUAUGACCCAGAGAAGGACAGCGUGCUGAAGCGGGUUAGGAGGUUGUUUGGAGAGUAACGAUGUCUAUAGCUCAGGCAGGCAUACCACAGGGUCUUGUGUAUGGGAGGGACCUCGCGAUUGGCGAUAAGAUAUCCGAUUCAUCAAAGCAUGAACUGAACAAUGUGCUAUGAAAGGAUGUGCCUUGUCAUCAUGACUGCAUUGCCACAUCCAUAAUAAAUCCCAGAAACCCAAUGCCGAACUCGAGAAUAACAGCCGCUGAGGUAUCGAGCUCACCACAUCCCCUCAAAGUGAAAGCCAGAAUCCAAAGAGUA